AUGGCACUGCGCAUCCCCGCUAUGUUGCUUAUUGUAAGCUGGAUGGGUGUUCUGCAUUUGGGCGAAGCGCUUUGGUUGAAUGUUCCUCCUUCAAAAGCAAAGUGUCUUUCAGAAGAAAUCAAGGGCAAUGUCAACGUCUUGGGCAAAUACAAUGUCAUCUCUAACGACCCAGAUCACAGCAACACCAUUGAUGCUAAGGUGAUAUCUCCACGUGGGAAUGUGGUUUAUAAUGUCAAAAAUGUCACACAUGGCCAGUUUUCAUUCACAACCACAGAGCCGGGGAAUUACUUGACUUGUUUUUGGAUGGAUGGCUAUAAUCGAGAUGUAGAAACAACUGUUAAUCUUGAUUGGAGAAAGGGACUUGCUGCAAGGGACUGGGGUUAUGUUGCAAAAAUUGAAAACCUCGAGGGUGUUGAGCUUGAGCUGAGAAAACAUGAGGAACUAGUGGAGACCAUUAAAGAAACUAUGCUUGUUCUUAGAAACAGGGGUAUGGAAAUGAGGAUAUUAAAUGAAACAACCAAUUCCAGAAUAUCAAUGUUCAGUAUCAUGUCGUUGGGGAUCUGCAUAUUGGUUUCAGCUUUGCAGUUAUGGCAUUUGAAGCGCUACUUCCGAAAGAAGCUUGUUAGACUUGACAAAUCGACUAAUCUCCUGAUGCAGAACCUACAACCAUUUCAAGGAAUUUGA